CGCGCGCGGGAUACACGCUGCUCGUGUCGUUUGCUUGUGAUUCGCUAAUAAAUUUAAAAAAAAUAUGCGCGUUUCGUUUGACAAGUGACAUAAAUAUUUACAAAUACUUUGAAUACAGUUGUUUCGAUUUAAAGGUGGUCUUAAAAAGUUUGCGUUUCUAUAACAAUAUUUUUUUUUUCAAUUACGAAUUUGUGAUACUUUUGCCGUUUGUUGUUUGUGAAUUGUUUAAAAUAUAAUGUAAGUUUUAGUGGUUAAUCUGUGGGACAAUUUCCGUUGUUUCUGUAUUGAUACCGCGAGCAAGAUUUCGACUUUUAAAUUGAAAAGAUUUCGCCUGAGAUCCGUCAUGACUGACAACGCUCUCAAUUCUCAACGGGUGUUCAAGAAAUCGUCUCCAAACAACAAGUUGACGCUGUAUCUGGCAUCACGAGACCUGGUGGUGGAGAAUGGGUGCAUCGACCGCAUCCAGGGUGUCCUCCACGUUGACCCGGAGUACAUGGACAACAAGAAGCUGUUUGGACAAGUUACUCUUACCUUCAGGUACGGGCGUGAAGAUGAAGAGGUGAUGGGGCUGAAGUUCUGCAACGAAGCCAUCAUGAGCCUGGCACAAAUAUGGCCGGUACACUGUAACCACGAACGAGAGCCGAACACGCCUCUACAGGAUGCCUUGAUAAAGCGAUUAGGCGCCAACGCAUACCCAUUUCAUCUGGAGUUGACCCCGCUGGCGCCACCUAGCGUGCAGUUGGUACCAGCCAAACAGUACCACGGUGCACCUAUAGGCACCUCUUAUGACGUCAGAGCUUAUAUUGCGGAAAGAGCAGACGAGAAGAUAUCCCGUCGCAACACUGUGCGUAUGGGCAUCCGCGUGCUUCAAGGCCCAGGGCGACCCGCCAUGCCAGCCGUGCUGCCGCCCCCCUCCCCCCACCACGCGCUCAGUGCGCUUGCGCACCAUAAUGUUAUGAGACUCAAAAAUAAAGUUAAAUUGGAAUCGGACGAGAAUUGCCGACCGAAGCGAGAAGGAAUUGAGAAUACUGAGUUGCCGCCGCCAAGAGCCGCCGUUGAAAAACCAUUUUUAUUGUCCGAUGGCAGAGUGGAGCUAGAAGCCUGGUUAGACAAGGCUACGUACUCCCACGGUGAAUCCAUCAGCGUCAGUGUUAUGAUCGCCAACCACUCGUCCAAGACAGUCCGGAGGAUCAAGACAUUGGUGGUCCAACAUGUAGACGUGUGCAUGUUCUCCAAUGGCAAGUUCAAGAACGUGGUGGCGCUGGUGAGGGGAACCGGCGCUCCCAUACAACCUGGACAAACCCUCACUGACACAUACACUCUGACGCCACACAGAGGUGUAACCAAAAACUGGAUAGCGCUUGAAGACUCUUACUCCAAAACCGGUGCGAGUCUGGCGUCAACAGUGGUCUGCAACACCAACUCACCUGAAGAACGAAACGUCUUCGCCAUAUACGUGUCCUACUACGUCAAGGUAAAACUCACACUAAGUACAAUGGGCGGAGAAGUUUCCGUCAAAUUACCCUUCAUACUGACACAUUCCUGCAUCAAUGAAGCUCCAACUGACAGCGUGAUAGAAGAAACAACGCCCAAAAUGAUCCUAGAAGGCAAAGAGAACAGCGAAGAAGAAGACGGCGAAGCAGAAAAGGACAACCAGAACAACAACGGUGAAGAACAAAAGCGACACGAAGAAACUGCCUUUGGUGAUGAACCAGAGGUCAAAUCACCGGAUGAUCAUCGCUGCAUUGCCGAUGUUUUGGUCAACAUAGAAAACAAGAUAGAUCGCCCUAAGAAGUUUGAAGGCACAGAAGUGAGGAAUGUGAGACCUAACGAAGAUGAAUUAGAUCUGAUAGUGAAAUAUCCAGGAACGGAUACGUGAUCCGACGAGGAGUUAGAAGACACCGGACAAGGGAAAAAGACUGAGUGUGAAGUGAAUCAGAAGAAGGAGCAGACGAACAAAACGGAGGUCCAAAAAUGUGGUUUCACUGAGAAUUUAAAGAGAGCCGUCUGUUGUAUAGAUAGGAGACGGGAAUCAUAGCUCUUUCUGUAUUUUUAUGUAGUGGUAAAUAUAAUCCUCCAGAAGAACAUUCACUUUACUAUCACUUUGCACUUGAUAAUCUCCAAAUUGACACUCCAAAGAUAUUUCAUGACUAUAUUUUAAGUCAUGAUAAAUUAAUAAAAUAGAUUUUUUGUAAAAUACAUAAUUAAUUUGAAUCAUAAAAGACCAAAUUAACGAAGUCAAUCAAAGACCGGUCUGAAAAUAACAAGAACGAAUUGCUCUAGUCGUUAAAAUUAAGAAUGUACUAAAUUUUAAUAUUCAUAAGCGUAAUAGUAAUUAAGAUUUUAAUUAUAAUCACAAGACUUAUAUAAAGCCUGAAUGGUAUUACGCUUACUAAUUUGUAGUCAAAUUGUAUGUAUAUUUAGCGUGGAAAGAAAAAUAGGCACGUCGUGUACACUUGUUAAAUAUUAUAUCUAGCAAAAUUGCCCUGUGAAUUUCUGUCUUAACCUGGUCAAUCUUCCACAAUCACACAAAAAUACUAGAAGUGCCAUUAACCCAAUGACCCAACAUUUUUUGUUGUAUUUCGCAGAAAUAAUAAUUACACAUUUCUGUGUCGCAGUUUAUCGUUUGGCAGAAAUAUUAACAAUGAGUACAUCAAUAAUCCACGUUUUAUGUAGCCAACUAUUAGCAUAUCAAAUUCGAGUUAUAAUCCCCCUAGCGUUACUCCCUUUUCACAGAGUCUGCUUACCUAACUUGAGGAUUUGACAGGUCCGGUAUUUUACAGAAGCGACUGCCUGUCUGACCUUCCAAACCGCGAAGGGAAAACCAGACCAAUACAGGUUAGGUCACAUACCUCCACAAAAUGCAUUUCUCCGGAAUGUGGGUUUCCUCACGAUGUUUUCUUUGACCCAUGAGCACGUGAUAAUCAUUUAUGAUCCAACACAUUCAUUCGAAAACAAUCAUUCAACAAUCAUUGGUUUAGUUCUGUGCUGGAUUCCAAAAUAGAUUUUUCUAGAACAUCUAUAAGAUCUAGAUGAUGUGAGAAAAACACUCGCAAGAUCUCGACAAUAUUGGGUUAGGUUACAAAUAUUUAUACAGCCAGAUUUAGUUACCUUCACGAUCGAUUCUCAAGAGCACUAACGUAUCGUUGAAGUGCUAAGAGUGAUUCCAAAUCUUGUAUUAUGGCGGAAGAAAUUACUAAAUAAAUAACAGUUAAAAAACUAAAGUCUAAAGUAAAAUCUUUUAAUUAUGCGAAGUCUUUCAAUGCACAUGUCUUUACUAUGCUUAUUAUGUAACUGUCGAAUAACCAAGAGAAAUUAGAACAUGCAUAUUUAUGUUGAUUUCUGCAAAAUGAUAAUCUGCAAAACGCCAAACAAUGGAGAUUCCAAGGCCAGAUAGAAAUGUUAACAAAGCCUAAAUUUUGUAAAUUAUAAUUCCUUUAUUCAGAUAUUCAAUCUUAUAUUUGUGCCUAAAAGGACUUGCCUAAACAAUCUUUCCCUCGUACCUACUGUAGACGACAGGUCGACAUGGCAAUUCUCUAGUGACGUGACGUUUUCAAUAUCGAUAUAUUUUUAUUAUGUAUGUAACAAAAUGUGAAUAAAAUAAUACCACGUUUUCAUUUAAGUUAAUAUUUAUUCAUCUGAAUCAUCUAACGUAUCGCUACAAAAACUUAAAGAAUCUUCGUCACUGGUAUCUCCGACUUUUAUAAUAAAAUCUUCCAUUUCAUUUUCCAUUCCCAUGUCUUUUUCCCAAUAUUCAUUUUCAAGGUUAGGUCACAAUAGUAAUAAAUUAUGUGAGCGAGAUUAUUAUGAGAUUAAACGAACUUACCUGUAAGUGAAGUUCUAUCUCAAUUAUACGAAGCUCCUUGUUCGAGAGGUUUUAAACAGUGUAGUCUACGUCUUAUGCUCCAGCAUCGUCACAAUUUUCAAAGCUCAUAUCCAAAGCUAAAAAAAAAGUUAGUUUCCCGCUUCCUGAACGCAGCUGUCAACUAAUGUCAUUAUGUUUAAAGCAUGUUUCAUGGACAACUCCAUCACCUGUGGAAGCUUUAGGGCGGGAUAUUAAAAUUGAAGGGAGGGAGUCCUCUCGAACAAGGAGCUUCGUAUAAUUGAGAUAGAACUUCACUUACAGGUAAGUUCGUUUAAUCUCAUAAUUAUACUCGCUCCUUGUUCGAGAGGUUUUAAACAGUGUAGAUGUUCAAAGUUUAGUUGGGAAUGAAACAUUUAAAUUGAAACGAGUACCAAUAAUAUGAUUAUUCAUUAAUUAAUAAAGUACAUUGUUAUCACGAAAGCUAAUUAAGCUGCCCAUGACUUUAAUCCCAAUAAAGGCAGUGAGAGGCACAGCCGUCGCCUGAUAAACUCAGCGCGGCGUUCCACCAAACGUUUUGAUAUUAUCAUGUAAAAAACAAUAAGAAUAAUAACUGUUCGCUAAACAAGUUUCACCAGUUCUCAAGAAUGGAAACGAUAUUAUGUAUGUUAUAUAAUAUAUGGUUAUACUAUACUGUACUAGAAUAGAUACAUAGUUCUAAAUAAUUAAGUUGAAGUUGAGCAAGUACAUUAAAUACCUAUUUCACAUUACUAUCAAUUUCACAACAAAAGAACUACACAAGAACAAAUUUCUGAUGGAGCUCAACAUCAAGAUUGGCUAUAAGAGCCUCACAGGGACCUCACCAUAGAGCACAUUUCCGAAGCUCUUGAACAACAACGAUAGUUAUAGUCGAAAGGACUGUGAGACUUCAUCAUAUAGUAUAACACUCAUUUUUCAUUGGCAUACCAAGGGCUACAAUAAUUAUCAAAGUUACACAUUAUUUGUUUACAUACAUAAAAGAAGAAGAAAUACAUAAAGAAGAACGGGUAAUGACGAGGGCACCCAGACACAAGAUUGAUUGUAACAUCCUGUGCUAAGUUGGCAAUUGUUGUCGACAUUGAGUAGUUAAAUGAAUCCUAAGACAACAUGUCAAAUUGAUUAGAGAAAAUACAAAUAUAAGUGCAAGUAAGAAU